CUUCAUCGUUGUGUACGAACUGAUUGAUAGGAUGAUGUUCAAUGGGAUCGCCGCCAAUCUGAUUAUAUAUUUGACCACCAAGCUGAAUCAAGGCACUGUCACUGCCUCUAACAAUGUCACCAAUUGGACUGGAACAGUUUGGAUUACGCCGAUCUUCGGGGCUUACGUCGCCGACGCUCAUCUCGGCUGCUACCGGACCUUCUUCAUCUCCUCCCUCGCCUCCUUUAUGGCAAUGUCUCUUCUAACGGUAGCAGUGUCAGUGCCAAGCCUACAACCGCCGCCAUGUUUAGAACCCAGUAAAGAAAACUGCCAACAAGCCUCCAAAUUACAGCUGGCAGUGUUCUUCGGCUCGCUCUACAUGUUGGCAGUGGCCACCGGCGGCACCAAACCCAACAUCUCGACAAUGGGCGCCGACCAAUUCGACGAUUUUCAUCCAAAAGAGAAGUCCCAAAAGCUCUCCUUCUUCAACUGGUGGAUGUUCAGUGUCUUCUCCGGCAUUCUCUUUGCCUCCACCAUUCUGGUUUACAUUCAGGACAAUGUCGGGUGGAGCUUCGGCUAUGGCAUUCCCACCAUCGGCCUCGGAGUUGCCAUUCUCAUAUUUGUUGCCGGCACCCCCUUUUAUCGCCAUCGGCUCCCCAGUGGAGGAAGCCCCUUCAUUAGAAUGGCUCGUGUCAUUGUUGCUGCUGCGAGGAAUUGGAGGGUUCCUCUUCCUAAUGACCCAAAUCAACUAUAUGAGCUUGAGGUUCAACAGUACUCAAAGAUUGAUUUCACUCCAUCCUUCAGGUGA